AUGGGCACCUGGGCAGCAGUCAUGCCUCUUCCUGUGUGGGGGUUGCUGGGCUGCUCUUUCCUCUUUGGCUGGGCUCUGGGGGGUCCGAGGCCUCUCCGCUCUCUGCCUGCUCUGUCCUCCCAAGUCAAGCCAGGAUCUGUACCUGUGUGGGUCCCCCCAGAGGGGGCUGAGGCAGCCCUGGCUUUCCUCUACUCUGGAGAUGCCCAACAGCUGUCGGGGGCUAAUUGCAGUGAGCGCUACGAAGCCCAUGGGGCAGGAGCCAGACCACAGCUCCCCCCGAUCCUUUGGAGGGCAGCAGGCACCGUUAGCCAGGCUGCCAAUUUCCUCAACAUGCUGCUACAAGCCAAUGACAUCCGGGAGUCCAGCGUGGAGGAGGACGUGGAGUGGUACCAGGCUCUGGUCCGCAGCGUGGCUGAGGGGGACCCAAGGGCAUACCGGGCUUUGCUGACCUUUAACCCUCCACCAGGGGCCAGUCACCUGCAGCUGGCCCUACAGGCCACCCGGAUGGGGGAGGAGACCAUCCUUCAGGACCUGUCCGGAAACAGGGUGCAGGAGGAAAGCCCCACCGGGGCCCUGGACACCGCUGAACUGCAGAAGCGGGUGCUGACCAAUGACCUAGGGAGCCUUGGCAGCCCCAAGUGGCCACAGGGGGAUGGCUAUGUGGGGGACACGCAGCACGUGAGGCUGUCUCCUCCCUUCCUGGAAUGCCAGGAGGGUCGGCUCCGUCCCGGCUGGCUCAUCACACUCUCAGCCACCUUCUAUGGACUCAAGCCCGACCUCAGCCCAGAGGUCAGGGGGCAGGUGCAGAUGGACGUAGAUCUUCAGAGUGUGGACAUCAACCAGUGUGCCAGCGGCCCAGGCUGGUUCUCCAACACACACCUCUGUGAUCUCAACAGCACCCAGUGCAUCCCCCUGGAGAGUCAGGGCUUUGUCCUUGGCCACUAUCUCUGCCGCUGCCGACCUGGCUUCUACGGGGCAAGCAGCUCCGGGGGCUCAGAGGAGAGUGCUGUCCGGCCUACAGGGGAAUUCGGGUCCAAUCAAGGCAGCUCCGGGAGGCUGCUGCGGUGCCAUCCGUGUGCUGAGGGCUGCACCAGCUGCCUGGAUGCCACGCCAUGCCUGGCAGAGGAAGCCCCAGUGCUGCGGGCAGCAGUGCUGUCCUGUCAGACCUGCUGCAUGCUGGCCGUCUUCGUAAGCAUGCUGGCCUCCUACCGCUGCCGCCAGAGCAAGAGGAUCCGGGCAUCUGGAGUGGUACUGCUGGAAACCAUCCUUUUUGGAUCCCUGCUGCUCUACUUCCCUGUCUUCAUCCUCUACUUCAAGCCCAGUGUAUUCCGCUGCAUUGCCCUCCGCUGGGUCCGGCUGCUGGGUUUUGCCAUUGUCUACGGCACCAUUAUACUCAAGCUUUACAGAGUGCUCCAGCUCUUUCUGUCUCGAUCGGCCCAGCGGGGCCCCCAUCUGAGCAGCGGGCGGCUGCUGCGGCGUCUGGGGCUGCUCCUGCUGCUCGUGCUGGGCUUCCUGGCUGUAUGGACGGCGGGGGUCCUAGAGCGAGGCAUUCAGCACACAUCCCUGGUGACUCGAGGCCACACUCCCACAGGCCGCCACUUCUACCUCUGCCACCACGACCGCUGGGACUACAUCAUGGUUGUGGCUGAGAUGCUGCUCCUGUGCUGGGGCAGCUUCCUCUGCUACGCCACCCGGGCUGUCCCCUCGGCUUUCCACGAGCCUCGGUACCUGGGCAUCGCCCUGCAUAAUGAGCUGCUGCUUUCUGCCGCCUUCCAUGCAGCCAGGUUUGUGCUGGUUCCCUCCCUGCACCCGGACUGGACGCUCCUCCUCUUCUUCUUUCACACCCACAGCACAGUUACUGCCACACUGGCUCUGAUCUUCAUCCCUAAGUUCCGGAAGCCCGGAGCUUCCCCCCGAGAGGAGAUCUUGGACGAAGUGUACGAGGACGAACUGAACCUGCAGCGCUCGGGCUCCUACCUCAACAGCAGCAUCGCCUCGGCCUGGAGUGAUCGCAGCCUGGACCCUGGAGACAUUCGGGACGAGCUGAAGAAGCUCUACGCGCAGCUCGAGGUCCACAAGACGAAGGAAAUGGCCGCGAACAACCCGCACCUGCCCAAGAAGCGGGGCAGCUGGCGCCAGGGCCUGGGCCGCUCCUUCAUGAGGUACCUGGCCGAGUUCCCCGAGGCCCUGGCCCGCCAGCACUCCCGGGACGCGGGCUCCCCGGGCCGCAGCAGCCUGCCUGGCUCCUCCCGCCGCCGGCUGCUCAGCGCCAGCCUCCGGGAGCCCGCCGCGCCGCCGGGCCUGCGCAAGUCCCGCAGCUCCUGCGAGCCGGCGCGCGAGCCCCGCGCCGAGCCGGCCCCGCCUCUGCUCGACUCGCUGCUGAGGCGGAAGCUGGCCAGGAAGGGCCCGCGGACCGAGAGCCGCGAGUCGGUGCGGCGGCGGCGGCGGCGGCGGGGCCCGCCCGCGCUGGGCUUCAGGUCGGCCAGCGCCCACAACCUGACCGUGGGCGAGCGGCUCCCGCGGGCCCGGGCCGCCUCGCUGCACAAGUCGCUCAGCGUGGUGGCGGGCUCCAGGGAGAAGGCCCUGCUCCUGGCCAGCCAGGCCUACCUGGAGGAGACCUACCGGCUGGCCAGGGAGCGCGAGGAGAGAAGGAAGGCGGAGGCGGCCGCGGCCAGCCCCGCGCGGCGGCCGUCAACCAGGCGGCUGGAGCGAGCCCGAGGCGCCCCGCUGUCCGCGCCCCCUUCCCCGGCCAAGAGCAGCAGCGUGGACAGCUCGCACGCCUCCGGAAAGCUGCACGAGGCUGCGAGGAGGCUGCCCCACCCGCCCAUCCGGCAUCAAGUCUCCACCCCCGUCAUGGUCACGUCUGGGGCUGGCCUGGGGGAGCCAGGGAUGCUGUCUCCCACGGCCACCUUGGCCCCAGCGCUGAUGCCAGCUCCCGCCCCCGCCCCUGUCCUGGCACCCGUCCCAGUUCCCCCCCAAAGCCCCAGCCUGCUCAGCUACAUCUGCCCCUGGGAGAAUGCAGAACUGCCAGCGAAGAAAGAAAAGGUGGCUCAAGAAGGCCCCUCUGGACCGGAGCAGGACACCCACUCGCCCGCCCCUGCUCGGACCAGGCUCUGGAGGGCCCUCUCUGUGGCAGUAGAGAGAAGGGGGGCUGGGGAGAACGGGAUGGAUACAGAUGUGGGGCGCCUGCCAGGGGAGGCUGCUGAUGGGGGUGAGGACAAGCCCAAGACUGUCUCUAAAUCCUACAGCCUCAAGGCCCCUGUUCAGCAGGGUUCCAUGCGCAGCUUGGGACUGGCUAUCAGAGUUCUGACUCGUUCUCGGAGCACGUACAGAGAGAAGGAGAGCAGGGAAGGGAGUCCUGAGAAGGAGAAGGGCCGAGCUUCGGGCGAGGGUGUGGGGGCACGCCCCAGGUCUCCCCGGCCAGGACGGCCCGAGGCGGUGGGUAGGCAGGCUGCGCUCGCCCCCUGUGAUAACGAGGAGUCCCUGCAGAACCAGCAGAACACUCACACCAGCAGGCUGCUCCAGGUCUGUCACCAGGAGGGCAGCAGGGAACAGGAAGACAGAGGCAGGAGGACCUCCCAGGGCCUAGGGGAGGGGAAAGUUGAGAGCGGGGGUAAAACAGGGCCUGCUCCACUGAAGCAGGUCAGGCAGGGCACAGUUGGGGACCAAAUGUCUAAGCAAGCAAAAGGGGCCCCAGUGGGGUGUGGGGAACCACCCAAAGCUGGCCUCCAGCCCCUGGGCAGGGCUGAGCACAGGGUGACAGAGGUAUGUCCCUGGGAAGUCACCGAAUCAGAAACGCGUCAGCCUGGCAGUAGCAGCAAGGCUGAAAUUUGCCCCUGGGAGGUGAGUGAAGGAGCCCCUGAGGAGGGGGCUCUGAGGCAAGAUCCAGAUGCCUCCCAAGACGAGAGGGGGAAAGCCUCAGAAAAAUCAAAGCCCAAAGAGAUGUUUGCCGCUGCUCGGAAAAAGCCAGAGAGGCUGGUCAGGGGGCAGGAGGCAGUGUGUCCCUGGGAGGGUGCCGAUCCCGGGAGUCUGUACCCUGGAUCAGCCCCUCAGGACUCUGAGAGAACCGAGGGCAGGUCCGAGGCAGGGGGCAGUAGGGACCCUGGAGAGGUGGAGAUGCAUCGUUGGGAAGCUGCUGGGCCCAGACCUCAGACACCUGCCAUCGGCCAGACAGAGCUCUGUCCCUGGGAGGCAGGUCAAGGAGGCGAGAAUGAGAAACCGUCCCAGGAGGAAGUAGAGAAGCUUCCCCAGGCAAAGCAGAAGAGCCCCAAGAAAGCAGUCUUCUGGAAAGAACAGAAACCAGGUGAAGGCUUGGAGUCUCUUUGUCAGUGGGAGAGGACAGAUUUCCGCGGCCCUUCAGUGGUCUCUGCACAGGUGCCAGGAACCCCUGGAUGCUCGGGGCGUUUGGGCAGCAGCCUUUCUGAGGUGCACCCGUGGGAGGCAGGAGAUCCUUUUGCUCACGGGAAUGCAGAGAUCUGUCCCUGGGAGCUUGGUGAUGAAGCAAUGGGGAAGGAAACAUGGCAUCAGGGGCCAGGUAGAGAAUCUUUCCAGAAAAGGGGGGAAACCUCCAGCAAAGGGAGCUCCGGAGAGAUGGGGGAGCAAACUGGGAAAGCGGUGCCAAAAUUUAGCCCACAGCAGGAGUCGGUGUGUCCCUGGGAGAGCACAGUCCCUGGGCACUCCGGCCCCCAUCUCGACAAUUCCUCAUCCAAAACCAGUGGCCAGCUCCUCAGCAGCAGAGGAAGCAGCGUGGAUCGGACAUGUCCACGGGAGGAUGUCAGGUCAGAGGUAAAGGAUGCAACACCUGCCAAGGCAGAAAUCUGUCCCUGGGAGGUGGAUGAAAGGACAACAGAGGACAGGAUGUCGGGACAGGCACCAAAAGGAGGAGAAUCGCAAAAGGACAAGGAGAUGAUGCCUGGAACAUCAGCGAGCAAAGAUAGCACAACUUGGGAAAAGCCUGAGGGGCACAUCCAAAAGCAGGCAGCAGUCUGCCCCUGGGAGAGCGUGAACCCUGGCAGCUUCUCCCUACCGCCAGGUCCUCAAGACACAGAUCAGCUCAAAGCCAGUUUCCAGGUGUCAGGCGGUGUGGGAAGCAAAACUGAUGAGGUCUGUCCGUGGGAUGCAGAGGAACCACUUCCUGCUGAGAAAGCAGAGAUCUGUCCCUUGGAGGUGGGUGAUGGAGCAGGGGAGGAAAGGGCUUUGGGAGUUGAGGCCAUUAGGCAACUUCCAAACAAUACAGGAAAGGCCUCUGCAGACUCCGGACCUGGCAAGAUAGCUGCUACUGCUCCAGAAAAGCCAGAGAAGCCGCCGCCUGGAGAGCGAGAGGUGGCCUGUCCUUGGGAGAGCUUGGAUCAGGGGGGCUUCUAUCAGCCUUCAGACCCUCUGGGCACUGACAAGCCCAACGUGGGGCUCCAGGAACUGGACUGUGGUGGGUGCAAGACAGCGGAGGUGUGUCCUUGGGAAGCAGAGGGAGUGCCUAUCAGUGAAAAAGCCAAGAUCUGUCCCUGGGAGGUGAACGAAGGAGCCACUGGGAAGGGCCUGGAACAAGAGGUGGGGACUGAUUCAGUGGGGCAGAGGGAGACAACUCUAGAAAAGGAAAGACCUGCCUCCCUGGGAGAAGACAUACCAAAAUGGGAGACAAAACUGAGUCCAGAGCAGGAAGCUACAUGUCCUUGGGAGGACUCGAGGGCACCCUCUGCGCAGGCCCCUGAGGGCUCAGACCUGCCCAGCAGCAGGAGGGGCAGGGGGGCAGAGGGGCAUUCCUUGCAAGCGAGGGAGGAGGCAGCAGAGAAAGGGGACCUGACACAAGACCUAAAGAUGGACUCCUUCCUGGAACACGUAACCCCAGAAAAAGCUCUAUCUUCAAAAGCAGGAGAAUUUGCCGCUGAAGAUGGGGGCAAAGCGAACGAUGAGUCACGACCUAUCUAUCUACUGGAGAGCAUGGCCCCGGCAGGCACUUUCUCCCACCCUGGCAGCCAGUGCCCUGCCCGACCUCAGGUCGGCUCUCAGCUGCCCCUCGGUAUUGGGGGCAGACUCACUGAGGUCUGCCCGUGGGAUGCUCACGCUGUGGAUGCUCACAAACCCGACAGCAGUGCCGAGAUCUGUCCCUGGGAGGUGACUGGAAGAAUCCCUGAAGAAGGGGUGUCAAGACAGGAUGGAGAAGGGGAGCCUCAAGAGGACAAGGAGAAAGCUCCAGGAAAACCAGAGCACAAAGUUGUGGUUGUUCAGGAAAAGUCAGAGAGGGUGGAUGGAGAGCAAGAGGCUGUGUGUCCCUGGGACAGUCAAGAUCUGUUUCCACAACCAGCCCUACAAGCUUCUGACAGAAGCAAUAGCAGUUCUGAGGCGGAGGCCAGGGCCAGGGCCAGGGUAGCAGAAUUAUGUCCAUGGGAAGCAGAAGAGGCUCCUUGUGAUAAGAAAAUAGAAAUCUGCCCUUGGGAGGUGAGCCAGGGAGCAGCAGAGGAAGAGAGACUGGAACAAGAGGUGGAUAGAGAUUUCCAAGGGCAAGGAGAGAUGUUCCAGCAAAAGGCAGGAGCCGGCACGAUGGAAGAACACUUUUCAAAAGAAGUAGCGAAAGUCAGUGGCGAGCAGGAGACUGUCUGCCCCCGGGAAGGUUCAAGAUCAGGGGGGCUCCCCCCACAGUCAGAGGCUCCAGAUGUUGACCAACCCGAAGUUAGUCCCCACGGGGCAAGUGGUGUGGGGAGCAGGAUGGCAGAACUGUGUCAGUGGGAAGUCACAGAUCCUGAAGGAAAUAAAAUAAAGGGGACCAUGGCAGACAUCGACAUCCAUCUUUGGGAGGGAACUGGAGCCCCAUCUGAGGGAUCUGGCCUCCCAGCUUUAAGAACAACUCAGACAGAAAUACUUUCCCCCAUGGCCCCUGAGAACCCACCAUGCCUUCUAGUCCACAGACCUCUGGGUGGCCUCCUUCCAGAAAGCAAAAGCCCCCGCCCCAAAGGGAGCAAGCCAGCCAGUGCUUUUACUCUGGAAGGCGUCAGAGAACUCCAAGUACCUUCAGAACCUGGGCCAAGGAUCAGCUUAAUCCCAGAGCUAACACUCCAAGAAACUGAGGCUCAGAAGUCUUCCUCCUUAACCGAAGACCAAGGGGAAGUAGCUUCUAUAGCUCAACAGGAAGAACUCAGCCCUCCAAGUGUCUAUCCUUGGGACAGGGAGUAGCAACUCCCUUGGGUGAAGUCAAACAUGGGGUGGCUAGCCUACCAAAGCCAAGGUCCUUUCCAAGGGCCAGGUGUUUCCAAAAACAACUGAAUCAAACACACUUCGCCACUUUCCCUCUCCAAGAAGGCCAGAAGUCAUCUCGUUCCAAAGACAAAUUGUUCAAGAAGAGUGAAGCUCAGAAAUCCCAUCCUCUCUUUACCUCCAACUCUCCUUCUUGCUCCAGGGAAUAAAGGCUGGACCUUCUACUUCUAAUAACACCUCCCAUCCAGCUAGAGUUCUCAACACAGGCCACCCAUGACAGGACACUCGUUUGUAAAGCCAAUAGUGAUAAAAGGAAGUCAGUGUCCAGCCCACAUUUUCUCAAAGGAAGACCCAUCCCUCCUGGAAUUCUACAAAGGACACUUUUUGAAAAGAAACUAAACCACAUAAGGUAUCGGCAACAUAGGGCUGAAGAUUACAGAAGGUUAUAAAGGUCACCAUAGGGGAUGCCCUGGUGGCCUAGUGAAUUAAGGA